UUUCUAGCUUCUACAGGCACUUGCACUCUGCCUUAUGGCCUCUUCCUCUGUCUUCAUAGUACAUCAUUCUGACCUCCACUUCCGUGAUCACAUCUCUGACUCUGACCCUCCUGCCUCCCUCUUAUACGGACCUUUGUGAUGACAGAGCCCACCUGAUAAUCCAGGAUACUCUCUCCAUCUCAAGAUCCCUCACUUAAUCCCAUCUGCAAAGUCCCUUUUGACCCAGAAGGGAACAUUGCCACAGGUUGUGGGGAUUCAGACGUGGACAUCCUUGGUGGCUGUUAUUCUGCCAGCUACAGAAACCAUCACCGUUGCUGGAACCUGACAAAAAUCCAAGCCACUUGCUAGAGCAUCUCUCAUUGUAGCCUCGCCAUCAGAACAUACCAGGAACUUUCAAGAAAAGUGAUCCUGUAUGCAUGUCCCACAGCUGCUGAAACGUGACCAUAAACCUGGUGACUACAAACAACCCAUACUCAUUCUCUGACAAUUCUGAGAGUCCGAAGUCUGGAGUGAGUCUUAUGGAGCUAAAAUCAAGGUGUGGCGGUGUCUCAACUGCAGCCAUGGGGUCUGAGGAUCAUGGGGCCCAGAACCCAAGUUGUAAAAUCAUGACAUUUCGCCCAACCAUGGAAGAAUUUAAGGACUUCAAUAAAUACGUGGCCUACAUCGAGUCCCAGGGAGCCCACCGGGCAGGCCUGGCCAAGAUCAUCCCCCCGAAGGAGUGGAAGCCACGGCAGACGUAUGACGACAUCGAUGACGUGGUCAUCCCAGCCCCCAUCCAGCAGGUGGUGACAGGCCAGUCAGGCCUCUUCACGCAGUACAACAUCCAGAAGAAGGCCAUGACGGUUGGAGAGUACCGCCGCCUGGCCAACAGUGAGAAAUACUGCACUCCCCGGCACCAGGACUUCGAUGACCUGGAACGCAAGUACUGGAAGAACCUCACCUUUGUCUCUCCCAUCUACGGGGCUGACAUCAGCGGCUCCUUGUAUGAUGAUGAUGUGGCCCAGUGGAACAUUGGGAACCUUCGCACCAUCCUGGACAUGGUGGAACGCGAGUGUGGCACCAUCAUUGAGGGAGUCAAUACCCCCUACCUGUACUUCGGCAUGUGGAAGACCACCUUCGCCUGGCACACGGAGGACAUGGACCUGUACAGCAUCAACUACCUGCACUUUGGAGAGCCCAAGUCAUGGUACGCCAUCCCACCGGAGCAUGGCAAGCGCCUGGAGCGGCUGGCAAUUGGGUUCUUCCCCGGGAGCUCCCAGGGCUGCGACGCCUUUCUGCGGCACAAGAUGACCCUCAUCUCACCCAUCAUCCUCAAGAAGUAUGGGAUCCCGUUCAGCCGGAUCACGCAGGAGGCCGGGGAGUUCAUGAUCACCUUUCCCUACGGCUACCACGCUGGCUUCAAUCACGGAUUCAAUUGUGCUGAAUCGACCAAUUUUGCCACCCUGCGGUGGAUUGAUUAUGGCAAGGUGGCCACUCAGUGCACAUGCCGGAAGGACAUGGUCAAGAUCUCCAUGGAUGUCUUCGUGCGCAUCCUGCAGCCAGAGCGCUAUGAGCUGUGGAAGCAAGGCAAGGACCUCACGGUGCUCGACCACACCAGGCCCACGGCCCUCAGCAGCCCUGAGCUCAGCACCUGGAGCACCUCCCGGGCCUCACUCAAGGCCAAGCUCCUCCGAAGGUCUCAUCGGAAACGCAGUCAGCCCAAGAAGCCCAAGCCAGAAGACCCCAAGUUGCCAGGGGAGGGGGCAGCUGGGGCAGCCCUUCCGGAGGAGACCAGCGGUAGUGCGAAGGAGGAGGCUGCACAGGAGGCUGACCCAGAGGACGAGGAGGAGGAUCCCCAGCUGCCGCCGCAGGGCCGGGAGGUGGAGGGCACAGAAGAAGACAGGAGGGGCAAGCUUCGGCCAGCCAAGGCCAAGAGCGACCGGAAAAAGAAGAGCCCCCUGCACCCUCACCACCCACUCCUGCCCCAGCUGCCGUCACCCCUGCCCACACAGUUCCCCACAGAGGAGGUGCCGCCACCCCCGCUGGAGCCCCCGGUGCUGACCCCUGGCCCUGAAGUCACUGAGGAGAGCCCCUUGCCACCACCCCUCAAUGUUGUGCCUCCUGAGGCACCUGGCGAGGAGUUGGAGCUGAAGCCACGCCCCAUUAUCCCCAUGUUGUAUGUGGUGCCAUGGGCCAACCAAGCCACAUGUGACAAGGGCCGAGUGUCCUGCCAGCAGGCCUCUGAGCACUUUUCCCAGAAAGGCCCCACCUGGAAGGAGCCGAUCGCCCCCAUGGAGCUGGCGGGGCCUGAAGAGGAGAGUGGAGCCAGCGAAGUACAGGCGACAUCAACAUUUUCCAAGUUGAAGAUGGAGAUCAAGAAGAGCCGGCGCCACCCUCUGGGCAAGCCGCCGACCCGGUCCCCUCUGUCAGUGGUCAAGCAGGAGGCAUCCAGUGAUGAGGAAGUCUUUCCUUUCUCUGGGGAGGAGGACAUGAGUGACCCCGAGGCCUUGAGGUCCCUGCUGUCCUUGCAGUGGAAGAACAAGGCAGCCAGCUUCCAGGCUGAGAGGAAGUUCAACGCGGUGGCUGCUCUGACCGAGCCCUACUGCGCCAUCUGCACCCUCUUCUACCCGUACAGCCAGUCCCUACAGAUGGAGAAGGAGGCCCCACAGGCCUCCCUAGGGGAGGGCCCUUCUAUACCACCUUCCAAGUGUGGCCAGAAGACACGGCCACUGAUCCCUGAGAUGUGCUUCACCUCCAGCGCUGAGAACACAGAGCCACUCCCCGCCAACUCCUACAUCGGUGAUGACGGGACCAGCCUGCUGAUCGCCUGUGCCAAGUGCUGCCUGCAGGUCCAUGCCAGUUGCUACGGCAUCCGCCCGGAGCUGGUCAACGAAGGCUGGACGUGUUCCAGGUGCACGGCCCACGCCUGGACUGCGGAGUGCUGCCUGUGCAACCUUCGGGGAGGAGCUUUGCAGAUGACAACCGACAGGAGGUGGAUCCAUGUGAUCUGUGCCAUAGCAGUUCCGGAAGUUCGGUUCCUAAACGUGAUGGAGCGCCACCCUGUGGACAUCAGCGCCAUCCCUGAGCAGAGAUGGAAGCUGAAAUGUGUGUACUGCCGGAAGCGGAUGAAGAAGGUGUCCGGGGCCUGUAUCCAGUGCUCCUGUGAGCACUGCUCCACCUCCUUCCACGUGACCUGUGCCCAUGCCGCCGGAGUCCUCAUGGAGCCAGAUGACUGGCCCUACGUCGUCUCCAUCACCUGCUUCAAGCACAAGUCGGGGAGCCACAGCGUCCAGUUCCUGAGGGCUGUGUCCUUAGGCCAGGUGGUCAUCACCAAGAACCGCAACGGGCUUUACUACCGGUGCCGUGUAAUCGGCACCACCACGCAGACCUUCUAUGAAGUGAACUUUGAUGACGGGUCCUACAGUGACAACCUGUACCCGGAGAGCAUCAUCAGCAGAGACUGUGCCCGGCUGGGACCCCCACCUGAGGGGGAGUUGGUUGAACUGCGGUGGACUGAUGGCAACAUCUACAAGGCCAAGUUCAUUUCCUCUGUGACCAGUCACAUCUAUCAGGUGGAGUUUGAGGACGGGUCCCAGCUGACAGUGAAGCGCGGUGACAUCUUUACCUUGGAUGAGGAGCUUCCCAAGAGGGUCCGGUCGAGGCUGUCGGUCAGCACCGGGGCGCCGCAGGAAAGCGUCUUCUCAGGAGAGGAGGUGAAGGCCGCCAAGCGCCCGCGGGUGGGCACCCCACGUGCCUCCGAGGACUCGGGGCGGAACCCAGACUACCUGGCCUUCAUGGAGAACCUCCUGCAGGCUCAGUGUCAGCCCAGAGCCCCCUUCUAAGACAGCCAGCCAGCCGCCCAGUCACCCCUUGGCCCAGCAAAGCAGGCGGCAGCGGGCCCUGGCAUUUGCUUGCUGUGAAUUCCUGUCCUCGCCUCCCCGCCCUGAGAGGCUACCUCCAUGCUCUGUGGGGACAGGAGCAAGCAGGACGCUGGUGGCCGGACUCAGGGAGUGGGGCCAAGCCGGCCUGGGGGCCACUGGGGCUCACGCCGCCCCCACUACUCAGAUUCGUAAACCACGUAAAGCUCUUCUUCUUGAAAAGGUGCUACUGCGUUGCCUGCCUCCCGAGCAGCCUUUGAGAUUGUGACUCCUGUACAUAGAUCACCUUUGUGCGGUUCUUUCUAUGAAUACCUGUUGUUUAAAAAACUCAAGAAAAAAAGGAAAACAAAGAGGAAAAGGUCCCUAAAGUUGUUUUCUAGAUUUGUGGCUUUAAAAACAAAACAAAAAGUGUUCUUUUUAUCAGAACCAAGACAUGAGGGAGACAAAAGCAUCUCAUUUUUUUGUUUGUUGUUAUUUUAAAAUCUUACUCGUCUGUGAGCAGGUAGGGAAGCGCCAUGAGGCCUGGAAGGGUGUGGCGGGGGCAGGACACCCAGCGACAGGCCCUGUCACUCUGCUCUCUCCCGGACUUCAGGAAGGUCUGAGCAGCUGGCAUCCCGGUCCCCACCAGCGUCCACAGUGCCGGUCUCUCUGCGGCUGGCAGGAGGGGGACAGGAGGAGGCUGGAGCACCUUUCGGUGGCCGAGUGCUGGCCACGGGUGUCUGGGAGCCUCCCUCCUAUCUGCGAGCGCCUUUGCAAAAUAAACAAUCUCUUCUGGUUUGUUCCAUUUUUUUGCUUCUUCCCCGUGAGAACCAUUCCACAGCUGAGGCCUGCAGUAUGCAGGAGGGCUCUGUGCAGACUGAGUGUCCCUGGUCCUGCCAGGCGUCCCUCAGCUGCUCAGGGGGAGGGAGCCCCAUGAGCCUGGGUGACCUGCAGCCCAAGCAGGUGAGCACCUGGCUUCUUGGGGAUGGAGGACAGAGCCAAAUCAGGCCUUCCAGAUAGCCCGGGUCCAGUGUUCCCUGCUCGGGGAGGCCUGUGGCCCCGGGUUCAGGUGCCCCUGCUUGGACUGGGCUUCCUGGGAGAGGUGGAGGAUUCCACCUGCAGGAAUCUGCCUCCUAAGAGCUGUGGGCUGAGGUUAGGAGAGAAGAAACAGGAUUUUCUUGUGAGCUGGGGAAGGACACCGCCAGCCUGCUCUCUCCGUCUGCUUCCCUCGCUCUCCCCUGCAGAAGGAUCGAGAGCGUCAUUUGAGUAUAUAAAAUUUUUUUAAUUAAAAAAAAAAAAGUGUUCUAACAGUUACCAGGCCAGAGAGAACUAUUUAAGGAAAAUGGAGAGUAUGUAAAUGA